CUUUUCAUUGGGGAAGAACACAACACAGCACACGAAAUCAUCAACCAGAUACUAUGAUGUCAGAAUCCAUAAAUUAGCUUACCUCACUCGUAACCCAAAUCAAGAUUAUUCAAAUAUCAAUUCAAGGGUGUAACAAAGCGACCCACAAGGUUAUCGAUUCGCAAAUCCACAUGGAUUUGUUCAGGAAGGUGAUAACACAACCUGGAAACCCAAAAGAUUUUGCUCUACAAACAGUUCAAGAAGCAAUUAAACCCCAGAGGCAAACGAAGUUAGUCCAGGAUGAGAACCAAUUGUUGGAAAACAUUCUAAGAACGCUACUUCAAGAGCUGGUGUCGGCUGCAGUUCAAUCAGGGGAAAAUACUAUGCGAUACGGUGGGUCAAUUGAUGACAGUGAAACCGCACAAGGGCAAGUACCCCGUCUUCUUGACAUUGUGCUAUAUCUUUGUGAAAACGAACACAUUGAGGGGGGCAUGAUAUUCCAACUUUUGGAAGAUUUAACCGAAAUGUCCACGAUGCGAAACUGCGAAGACGUCUUUGGCUAUAUAGAAAGUAAGCAAGACAUCUUGGGUAAGCCGGAACUGUUUGCACGGGGUAAGCUAGUGAUGUUAAGGACUUGCAAUCAACUUCUUCGUCGUUUGUCAAAGGCAAAUGAUGUGGUGUUUUGUGGACGCAUCAUAAUGUUUCUUGCUCAUUUUUUCCCAUUAUCUGAACGUUCGGCUGUCAAUAUUAAGGGUGUUUUCAACGUUUCAAACGAGACAAAAUACGAUAAGCAAGCACCAGACGGAAUUUCUAUCGACUUCAACUUUUACAAAACCUUUUGGAGUUUGCAGGAGUAUUUUAGCAACCCUGCUUCCGUUAGUGUUGCUACCAAGUGGCAUAAGUUCUCGUCUUCUUUGGCGGUUGUUUUGAAUACAUUUGAAGCGCAGCCUUUGAGCGAUGAAGAGAGUAGUGCUAACAAUCUUGAGGAUGAAGCCGCAACGUUCAGUAUAAAAUAUCUUACGAGUAGUAAUUUAAUGGGCCUAGAGUUGAAGGAUCCAAGUUUUCGACGCCAUAUUCUUGUUCAGUGUCUAAUUUUGUUCGACUAUCUCAAGGCCCCUGGGAAAAACGACAAAGAUUUGCCUUCUGAAACGAUGAAAGAUGAGAUAAAAUCAUGCGAAGAACGAGUAAAGCAACUUCUGGUUCUGACCCCACCAAAAGGAGAAAAGUUUCUUCAAAGCAUCGAGCAUAUAUUAGAACGCGAACGAAAUUGGGUCUGGUGGAAACGUGAUGGUUGUGGUCCGUUUGAAAAACAACCUACGGAAAAGAAAACUGUUCGAGACGGAGGGAAAAAACGUCGUCCACGAUGGAGAUUGGGGAAUAAAGAACUCGCUCAAUUAUGGAAAUGGGCAGAACAAAAUCCGGAUGCUCUAACUGAUCCUAAACGUGUACGGACACCUGCUGUCAGGGAACACUGGAAAAAGUUAGCGGACGAUAUGGAUCCAGAGGCUGGAAUUGAAGCAGAAUAUUCUCACAAGAACAAUCGGGUUUACUGCUGGAAAGGUCUUCGGUUUUCAGCAAGGCAGGAUUUGGAGGGAUUUUCUCGAUUCACUGACCAUGGUGUUGAAGGGGUUGUGCCCUUGGAACUCCUGCCGCCCGAUGUCCGAGCUAAAUAUCAAAGUAAACCAAACGACAAGUCAAAACGUGCUAAAAAGGAAGAAACAAAAACAGUUUCGAAUCAAGCAGAAGAGAACCAGAUUGCAACGCGUGAGGCUGAUGGUGAAGGCAACAGACAUGAUAUUGAUCUGUCAGCAACGCCGAUGGACACCGCUGAUGCUGCAAGCAUUUCACCGGAAGAACAGCAAAAACAAACCCCUGAUACGGAUGGUGGUCAAGAGCCCGGUCAAAUCGAUGAACCAGACCCAGAACCGGGAAUGAUUGAUGCUGAAACCGAUACAGAAGCUGACUCAGUUGCAGCGCGUUGAGAGAACAGAUUUGAACUUGUAUGAAAGAUUGAAGUUCUGUAACACCAUAUGAUGUACCAUGAUUUUGUAGCGAUUUUGUUAUCUAAUUGUUCUUGUGGGAUUACCAUUGACGUUGAUUUUGGUUUAUAGUCGGUCAAAUUCGUUGUCAUGUUUAAAACCCGAACCUGGUGUGGAAACCAAAAUUAGAAACAUCCGGCGAGGGUAUUUGGGUAAGUAACUGCUGUAGAUUAAUUAAUGAUGAACUUAUUGUAGAA